AAAACAAAAGCAUAAAAGGCAGAGUUUCCCUCACUAGAAGCCACAGCAGAGCGGAGCACGUAAAUUCAAACUGUCCGCGAUACUGACGGUGAGAAGUGGGGCUCAAAAUUUUGCACACGCAGGUUUGGAAGCCUAGAAAUUGUAGUGAAAGGGAGAGAGUGAAAUAUCGGAAGCCCUAGAAAUCCGCAGAUUCAGCUAUGGCGUCGUCGAAGGUGAUGGCGUCAACGGCGUCGACAAAUUCGGAUCUGCCGCGCCAGUCAUCUAUAUGUUCACUCACGAUCGCGGAGCUCCAGAGCGAUCAGAACAAGAAUUUCGGGUCCAUGAAUAUGGACGACCUGCUUAAGAACAUCUACGGUGACAACCUCUCCCCGGAGAGUUUCUCGACGGCGGCGGGGAACAACGGAGAUGGAGGCGGCGGGGGCGUGGGCGGGGUCGACGAGGGAGGGUCACUGUCGCGGCAGGGGAGCUUCUCGCUGUCGCGGCAGGGGAGCUUCUCGCUGCCGAAGAGCGUGGGGAACAAGACUGUGGAUGAGGUGUGGAAGGAGAUCGUGGCGGGGAAUGAUCAGAGGCGGGUGGGUGCAGGGGAGGCUCUGGAGGAGAUGACUCUGGAGGAUUUUCUGGCCAAGGCUGGGGCAGUAAGGGAGGAAGAUGUGAGGGUUCAGGUGAUGGGCGGAGCAGGGAGUUACGGUGUGGAUGCGAUGAUGAACGGUCAGUUUCAGGCGCCGCAGAUGCAAGCGCAGGGUGUCGAUGGGGCAAUGGUGGCCUUUGGGAAUGGCAUUGAUGGAAGAGUUACUGGCGCUGGAAGAGGAAAGAGAAGAGCGGUGGAGGAGCCGGUGGAUAAGGCUACGCAGCAAAGGCAACGGCGGAUGAUCAAGAACAGAGAAUCGGCAGCCAGGUCCAGGGAGCGAAAGCAGGCUUACACAGUUGAGCUAGAGUCGCUGGUGACCCACCUGGAGGAGGAGAAUGCACGGCUCUUAAGAGAGGAGGCUGAACAGUCUAAGGAGAGGUAUAAGCAGUUGAUGGAGAACCUGAUUCCAGCUGGGGAGAAACGAAGACCACCUCGUGUUCUUCGAAGAGUGCAGUCUGUUCUGUGGUAGAUCUGGCUCUGAAUUCGUUUUCAACAAUAAGAUAGAAGAAAGAAACUGCAUUCUCUGGCCUGGCACUGGAGCUAGAGUGGAUGGAGCAGCAUCGCUUUCUUCCGGAAAAGGAAAAGGAAAAGGAAAAUCUAUAUCAAAAACCUCCAAAAAAAAAAAAAAAUAGAGAGAGAGGAAAAAAAAAGAAUGUCAUGAUGGGGUUGUUCCUCUGGUGGUAUCUUGUUAGGAGCAGUUGAUGUUCAUUUGUAAAGAAAGAUGAGUAGAAGCCAAGAGAAGUAAUUCGAUUAGAAGUGAAGAAUGUGAAUGUGUCCAUAUCUAGAUCCUUGAUAAAUGUUUAGUUGAUUUUCUUACCUGUCAAAACCAAAAACCAAAAACCAAAAACCUCCCUCCUUACUUGCAGAGAUAGAAAGGCCCCAGACGGGGAGGUAAAGAUUGAUAUACUUAUGUUUUAUAUAAAUACUAAAUCAAAGAAGCCUAAUGCAUUUACAAAUUA